CAUAGCCUCCUAGAAAUGGCGGAGUCGGAGCUUGCAAGCAAGUUAAACAGGCAACAGCAGAUAAACGAUGGAGAAGUAAAGGCUGCUAAAGUCUCCCAGUCAGUGUAUGCAGAGUUUAAAGAGUUUUCUAUACAAGAAAUCAAAGAAUACAGAAAGAUAUUCGUAAAAUAUGAUGUAGAUAAGAGCGGUUUUAUUGAUUUUAUGGAGCUUAAGCUGAUGAUGGAGAAGCUGGGAGAGCCCCAAACCCACCUUGGACUAAAGGCCAUGAUAAAAGAAGUCGAUGAAGAUCACGACAAUCAAAUUAGCUUCAGAGAGGCUAAAUUACAGUACAGUUGAAGAUCAAGUAUUUCA